AUGGAACUUGCUGGUUUGAGCUGUGCUCAUGCGGUGGCACGCAGUUACGACAGGGGGAAAGUACUGGUGCUUUCGGGGCCAGGUAAUAAUGGCGGCGAUGGUUUAGUUUGCGCUCGUCACCUCAAACUUCUUGGUUUUGAACCAUCAAUUCUUUACCCAAAGCAGUCCAAAUCGGAACUUAUGCGGCGGCUGGUAACACAAACAACAAAAAUGGGCAUCAGUUACCUUGAUGAAAGCGAUGCGAAGGAACCUGCUGAUUUAAAAAAUAACUUCUCUUUGGUGAUCGAUGCCUUGUUUGGCUUCAGUUUCAAACCACCGCUAAGGCCACCGUUUGAUCAAAUCAUCGAUGUCGUCAACAAAAGCUCCCUUCCAGUUUUCGCAGUCGAUAUCCCUUCAGGUACCGUCGUUAUAUUCAUUUUUCCACUGUAUUAG